UCCAACACGGGGAAGCACUGCGGUAUCGUGGCGGCAUCGAAUACGCGAACCAACCCAGCCCGAGAAUGGAAUCGCAUCUAGGACCGUCGCCGGUCCUCGGCUUGCUGGCUGGCCUGUCGCUGGUGGCAGCGGCAUCGGCGGCCCUGCUGUUCGUCGUCGCCGUCCUGCUUCCGUGGGUGGUUUCCGUCGUUGCCGUGGCUUGGUUUGCGCCCCCCGCCCUACGUCAUUCCGCCCUGUAUACCGGUCGGGUCUGGCACACGCGGCUCCAUCCAAAGAAACACGCGUUCACGGUACGUACUCUGCUGCAACGUGACACAGACGCGGUAGGCGUGGCGUGGAAUGGAGUGAAGUGAAGUGAAGUGCCCUGUCGUUGCGCAACGCAACGCAAUAGAGGACAAGCCGAUUUCUAUCCCCCUUCCUACCACUCUGUGCUGGUAGCUAACCAUUCMAGAUUUCGAUUCUCAUUGCAUUUCGUGUGUUCAUUUCCGUUCUGCUAUGCUUUUCGACCAAUAACUACUCGACRAAACACAAAAAACAAUGCGAUUCGACACCACAAACCCCGGCCUACGCACCGGUGACCGCUAAAAACAACAUAUGCAAAAACAMUGCGACACAACAAUUGCGACAACAAAAUUCGAUGACACGCAACAACACCAUCGCCACCGAUGUAGUAUCCUAUUUUUAUGUUUGCACUGGACCUGGAAGAACUCGAURGCUUCCGAGAUUCGAUCUGGCCUCUUUCGAGGUGGCUCGUUCAGUUCCGGGAACCGGACCACCUCAAAAACGGCGAAGGAUUGCUAGAGGAAGAACAGACCGCAGACAAAGCAUCCCGUCCCGAACGCAACGACGAAAGCGAAAGCGGGGCCCACAGCGACGAUCCCAACACCCCGGCCAAGGACGCGAUCGGGACCCGGCUGCUCCGCCUGGUGACCCAAAAGACCGAGGGAAAAUUUCGACCCACUCUCUCGACACACAGGGUUGUGAUCCUGACCCAUCUCAGCUACUACGGGUACAACUUUAACCCCGUGUCCUUUUACUACAUCGUCGACAAGGCGACGGAGGAGCUCUCGGCGGUGGUCGGAGAAGUCAGCAACACCCCCUGGACGGAAAUGCACUGCUACGUGUUGCACCCGGAUAGCACCGACAGGGUCCAGACCAAAGCGACGCACGCGGACGAGGKCAAGGCUGUGGGCAGCGCCACCACGGCGAAAAAACGACCACUGAAAAAAAUCGAGUAUUCCUUUCCGAAGGAAUUCCAUGUGUCUCCGUUYAUGGAAAUGGACUACUGGUACGACUGGACCUUUGCCGGGGUUCCGGGGCCGGAASUGCCACCCGGGGAGUCCCAGAUCAYGGUGAUCAACACGCUGCGGCGAAGGACCAACGACCGGAUCGAAUUCACCGCCAAGCUCGUGGUGGACCGCAACCCAAUCACGCCCACGAGCGUGGUGUGGCAGAUGGUCCGGCUCCCGAUCUUUUGCUUCAUCGUCCAGGUGUGGAUCCACUACCAGGCCGCCCUCUUGUUCGCAAAGGGCAUCGUGUACGUCCCCCACCCGGAGGGAACCGAAACCGCCGCCAGCACGGCCAUUGCCACGAUCAUGGUCCCGUUUUUCGCGAUCCGGGACCUCGUGUGCAGGCCACCACAGGAAGCCGAGAAGAGCAAGACGGCCUGAGGGAACAAAAAAGAGGUGCGACGGGAGGAGAAAAGGCGAAUCCACUGUUCUAUGGCCGUAUCUAGAUGGAUGGAUGGAUAGAUAGAUGGAGUGUAGCUAAAAUAUUUCAGAGAAU